AUCGGGCCAGCUGCGCAUUGCAGGCUAUGGUUAGGGUGGCUAGAAAACCUUGCCACCCUAGCCACCUAACCAUGGUCUGUGCUUUUGGCUUUAAAAUCCCAGCGGGGUCAAGAGCAUAAGUGACAAGAGUUUGACAAGAGCUGGGGGGCUAAUUUAGACGGAUGCUGAAUAGUUUGGCCAGCGUGAAUUAGCUGCAUGUUAUUUCUAGUAAUGUCUUCGGGGAAUAGAUGCGCGGCGGUCUGGUGCCGAAGACGUUCGGAACCUGAAAGCGGCAUUUCCUUCUUCAGGUUCCCUACAAACCGCAAGUACGCCAAUGACUGGAUCGAAUACGCAAACUCCCCGAGGCUCAAAGAUGUUACAGACGAGCAACUGGUCAAGUUCAGGUUGUGUGGCCGUCAUUUUACACCUGACAUGGUCCUGAAACCAGGGCCGACAUCGUGCGGCUUCAGGAGGAGGCUUAAAAGAUGUGCAGUACCUACCGUUCCUGUGUACGAGCCGGAACUGAGACCAUUUGUUCCACCAAAGUUCUAUAAAGGACCAGUGGCACAAGAUGGUCCACACUUGUCUUCAGCAAGUGUUCCACCCCACACAAUCUCUUUACCUUCCUUACCUCCUCUCAAGUCGUCGUUCCCUGCUGCAUCGCUAUCCCUUGCCUCCCCUCCGUCCCCUGCUUCACCCCCGUCCCCUGCUGCACCUCCGUCCCCUGCUGAACUCCCAUCGUUGGCUGAAUCCCCAUCCCCUGCUGAACCUCCAUCCUCUGCUGCAUCUUUGUCCCCUGCCAUCACCUCUAGUCCAUUCACACCUUUGACACCGAAGACUGUAGAUUUCAGCGACUCUUCCGAGGUGCUCUCGCAGCGGCCAUUGACAGGUCCAGAGGAAGUCCAUGAACACGAAGACAAGCACUUCGUUGACACAACAGCGCCUUAUGACCAUUACGACCAUGCAUACUGCAAAACUGUCCUGUAUUUGGAGGAACUAGUGUCUGCUUCAAUUGCACACUCAGCCAUUUGCAAACAGCCCGGACAGUGUAUACUACAGCAUGGCAAGACGGAUCCUAACGGCAAACCAAUCAAAAGUCAGGGGACCGCACAGCAGCAUCAGGUUCAAGCGCCCAGAAAGCGUGGUCGCCCCCCUUUGCUUCAAAAAGACCAGCAGUGCAUAUAUUUGACCAGGCAUCCCAGUACUGGGCAAGUGACUGCUCCCCUACUCCGUUGCCAAUCCCAGCAGUCAUCGGACAUUUGUAACGACUCUGCAAGUAAGGUGCCCAAGGAGCUACUGCCAAUUGAUAAAAAAAGGAGGAGGCGCCAUUAUUGGGUAGCGAGGUCUCAUCUUCUACGUGCCACCUCAAGGUAUCAGAGGCCAGCAAGACCUGUCAUGACCCGUGAAAAAAUUGCGUCAGAAGCCGCCAAGUAUGUCAGCAAAGAAUUUCUGGAUGUCUUGCGUGUCGAGCUUCGUCUUCCAUCCUUGAAAAGGGUCAAGAAGAAGCAAGCAAGUUGUUCUGGCAAUCCAUCCACGGCUGAGGGACAAGGUGAAUGCAAGCAGCAACCAACAGGGGCAGCCAUGCAGUCAAAGGAGUUGCAACUGCUAGACCACAACAGUAUGACAGCAUGUGAGGUUGGAACGUUGGUUAUACUUGAUUCCAGGUCUCUGGCGGAGCCUUAUGUUUUUACCAGCACAACAGAUGCACCAGAGCCAUUUACUGUGAGAAGGAAAUAAUAAUAUGCGGUGUAUCACCAACAGAACUGCUUACCAGCUAUAGGCAAUGUCAAAAAACAAAACUUGAUGUUUUGGGACCUGCAUGAAUCACUUGUUCUUCAAUGGUGCCUUUGUACCCUUCAUCAGAUCUGGUUCAAGUCAGAGUUAAUAUAACUAGCACUACAAUACAGUUUCCUUGUUGUCAAAGGGUACCAUUGUUGAAUAAAGCAUCUGUACAAUUUCCAAAACUUAGUUUUGUCUUUUCAUAUUGGUUAGCGACAUGUUCUAUUGUAGAUUAUUUUACCUAACCAAGUGGUGUUUUGUCAAACAUCUGAAUACGACACCAAUGUAUCUUAUGCACUAUGAGCACUUCCCUCCACAAGUUCUUUGUUUCUAGUUUUCCGAAUCAAGAAACACCCACUGAAAUGUUUGCCUCUGUAAGAGUAGAAAGACCCGAAGAGCUCUGGAGACCACUCCUUCCUGAGCCUUUUCUUUUUACCAGACAGUCGCAAGUACUUUCAUUUCGCAGGUAAUGGGCACAAACUUGCAGCAGAUCUGAAUGUUUUAAGCUUUCUAGCUAUCUGUGACAAGUCUUCCUAACGGAUGUCUUGUUACAUUAUUGCAUUAUAACCUUCGCAAUUUGGAGCAUGAAUGGACCAGUUGUCAGCAACACUUGCUAGGCAUCUGCAGCGAUCUGCUUUGGCUUCCUAACGUAGUGGAUACAGAAAAUGUCGAUCUUUUCUCCCCCACAAGGUCCCCCAGCUUAUUUUUUGCUCCUGAGCUAAACCAAUAUAUGUACAGACCAGAUGUCUAGGCAAAAAAAAUGCUGUUUUAGGCGCCUAUAAUGGGCAAUAAGGCUGUCAUUUAAAGGGGCCCUGAACCACCUUUGGGCUUGGUGAAAUAACAUAGUCCGCUGGUAGCAUACGCUGCUGUGUAUGCUGCAAGUUUUGCUGUUGUAUGCAGUGCACGGAGCUUGCAAGCAGAUAGCGAAGUCACCUUUCUCUCAAACACUCUUUUCAGCAGAAAGCCCUGUCCUUGCUCUCUUCUGGACGCUUUAUUUCAUCAUUCCUUUAGACAGCUGCUAUUGACCGAUAGCUGACAUCAAGCUUCAGUUGGCUACAUGGCGUAGAUACCACGACCACCACAGGGUGCCGCCAUGAGUCCACAGGCUAAGCGUACUGCAGCUCGCUGAGGACAACCACGUUUCGCUUAUGUUAAGCGCAUUGUAAGCACCAAAGGCAGAAGUCAUGGCGUCUACAUUGACAUCCAAAAUUAAAUUUGAACUGCGCACCACGGUGACAUUGUGGGCAUGCCCCACUGCACCAUAGCCUUUGCAGUGCAAGGCAUUGAAGAUGGAACUGGACCACAGUGGCGGCCGUGUUUGAUUGCCAACAACUCCGCUUCUGCUGAACGCAUUGAAGUACUUGAUGCGGCAAAGUAUUUCUGAAUUAGCAUAUUUUCACUUCAAAUGCCUUCGAUAAAAGUGGUUCAGGGCCCCUUUACAAGCACACAUUUGUGCCAAAUAGUACUGUCCUUUAGGCCAAGUAUAGGCUCAACCAAAAUUAACUAACUGUAUUAGAGAAUAACUUAUCUUCUAAGGGACAGGGCCCACUAAACCCACGUAUUGCGAGGUUCACUUUAUUUGCUCAAUAGAACAGAAUAAGGCAAGUUGCAUAGGUUAUAAGUUCUAUUUGAAAUUUACUGUGGCUAUACACCUCAAGAAAAGUUGUGAAAGCAGUGACGCACGAGCACCAUCUCAAGAUUUUUGUGGUUCACGCUAUGUGUUUCUUCUCCAAGUGUUGCUUUGUAUGCAGAAAAGGAAUUCUAAACAUCCAUCAAAGUUAGGGGCACAAAUUUGUAUGCCAGAACAUUCAAUGUCCUCUCGAAUUCCAGAAUCCUUGCUAGUCAAAAUAUUUGGCAAUUCUUUCAACACUGUAAACCUGGGACUUUUGUGUGAGACAGGUUGAUGUUCCAAACUAACUCUGUCAGUAAAGUCGUGGUUAACAGCUCAAGAACGCCAGAGGGGACAGUAGACAGAACGGAGUACUGUUGCUAACAGCACAGCUUGCAACUACCCAAGUGACCGAUUCGCAAACCAGAAAACUUGAAUUUGCCCCAGCAUAUCACUAAAAUGCUUUCUUGCUUUCUCUAAGACCUAAGUUCACGGCUGAGCCGAAGCUUUCUACACCAGACCUACUGGCUACCGUCGGGCAGGUCUCCCAGCCUGCUUCCGAGCAAGAGUAGUUCAUAUGAGACAGUGUCGACGUCCUGAGCGUGGUCAGUCAACUGCUUCAAAACUCCCGAGUUCUACAAAGGACCAGUGGGACAAGAUGAUUCCCACACGUGGCUACUAUUGACUAAUAGCUUACGUCAAUCAAGAAAUGUGUUUAGAGUCCUGCUGCACCUCCUUCCCCUGCUGCACCUUUGUCCCCUGCAGUCACCUCUAGUCUAUUCACACCUUUGACACCGAAGACAGAAGAUUUCAAGGACUCUUCAAAGGUGUUCUCACAGUAGCCACCAUCAGGCCCAGAGGAAGUCCAUGGCAAACCAAUACACAACAGCAUCAGAAGCCAGUGGCCAGAAGGUGUGGCAGUCCCCUUUUGCUUCUGAAAGACCAGCAGGGCAUAAAUUUGGCCAGGAAGCCUUGUAGCCGGCAAGUGACCACUCUGCCACUUUGUUGCCAACUUCAGCAACCAUCAGACAGUUCCAACAAACCUGAAAGUGAGGUGUCCAAGGAGACACUGCUCCAUGAUAGUAAAAGGAGGAUGCACCAUUACUGGAUAGGAAGGUCUCAUCUAUGUGCCACCUCAAGGAUGCUGGAAGCUACACAGCGGAAAAGUGAAGAGGGCGAUGCCCCAGUCAAAAUUUAAGUGUCGCGGUGGCGAAUGAGCUCGUAGCAGCACCUUGUGUCGGCCACAGUAGACAACAGCACGCCGCUGCUGCCAUCUCGAAAGGCACCUGCAACAGACAUAGCUACGCGCAGUGCAAAGGUUGGAACAUUGGCUUCAUGUGAUCCCAGGUUUCUGGAUGAGCCUUAUGUUUUUCUGAGCACCGCAGAUGGUACAACUGCGUCAAUGCAAAUUUCUUGUACGUCAGUUUCAGUGCACUCAUCACAAACGGUAGCUGAAGUUGCAUGCUGUGCUCUUUGACAGAAGACAGCAUGCUGAACAUUGCUUGAGUGAAACUUCUGCCAUUUAGAUCACAGAGAUUACAUUGAGAUUUUAAAAGUUGGCUUAGAGUGCAGGGGAUUUAUGAUUGUCUACUACGCAAGUAUGCACCUCUGAACUUCAUUUGCUUGUUCACUUUUCUUUAACUGAGUUCGGGGUGCAUUGUGUGUCAGUCCGUAUAAGUUUGAUUACUUUGUAAAAUUGAACAAUGCGGUUGCAGGAACCAAUUUGGAAGCAGCCUUAUAGGAUUUCGUCUUCAUACUAGCGACAUAAAUUGUCACAUCAAAGUGUUGUCAUAUUAUUAUUUUGUGAAGCGCAGCCAUCGCUUUCAGAAGUGCCAUUGAAAGUAUGUUCAACGCCAGUGGACUUCAGUGGCUUAGCCUCUUGCGACAGGCCACAUGUGUUUAUACAUUGCAAAUAUGACACACAGAAAUACAUAUUGUAAAUAUAUUUAUAUGGGGAAACAAAACAUAAUACAUGUACAGCUCGAAGGCUUUACAAUAAAAAGUGGAAUUCA